AUGGGCGGUGAGAGGCCGAGGCAGAUUGCCAUUACAAGUGCCAGCAGCACAGGGUCCCAAACAGGUACAGGGAGAGGGACAUGGACAAAGGCAGCCACAGGAGCAGCCACAGGUACAUGGACAGGGGCAGCCACAAGAGCAACCAUAGGUACAGCCACCAGUAUAGGGGCAGCCACAGGUGCCAGCAACACGGGGUCCCAGACAGGUGUAGGGACAGGGAUAGAGGUAGGUACAAGUACAACCAUUGGUACAGGCAUAGGCAUAAGGACAGGCACAGGCACAGGGACACGGGGAGCCACAGGAAGAGGCACAAGGGGCCGAGGUGGAGGAGGAUGA